AUAGCUCACAGGUCAGUGUUGAGUGGCUUAACAAACUGAAAAUGGUCAGGUACAAGGACUGGACUGAAAAAGAGGGGAAAAGCAGGCAGUGUUUAUAGUGAAACAGCAAUAGUUCUUCAGAACACUUUAAAUUUAUGAGAAGAUGUGGCUUCUUCACAGCAAAAUAAAAAGAAAUGAGGCGUGCGUGUGUAGGGAAGAAGCGGUCUCAGUCCAAACCUUGGGGAACCAAUAGCUGAGAAGCAUUGAUUCUCCUGCUUUAUCAGGAGGAUCGAACAUCAUUAUUGCUGCAAUAUCUUUAAAGACUCUUGAGAAAGACCACAGCUCACAUCCCAUCAUAAUGACUCUUCAGCAAUUCAAUGUCACAGGACCACAGUCACUGCAAGGUUUAGUUAGUUGCUGUGCUGAUCCUUGACCACUGGGUGUCGCUGUCCCGUCACGCCAGCUCGUCGUGCUGUGGGAUGGAGGCAGUGGAGGGGAGACCUGACCAUUGGGCAUUCAUCUUGGGUCAGGUGGAAAAGAAUGGGUGAUUGGUUUACGAGCCGACAUUCUCUGUCCUGAUUGGACGGAAAGGUGUGCGCGAGGCGACGGUGAGAGGAGAGAGAGCGAGAGAGCGGAUCUCCAGCAGAAGUGUAUCCCCUUCAGCACUCGCUGGCUGUGCCGGCUCAGCACACACUCACACAGACUGAAGACUGCGAUGUGACUGCUUACCAGAGGAAUACAGCGUGUUCCAGUGGGGAUUUUUUCUCUCUUCUCUGUCAGCAGGAUAAUGGGAGAGGACGGACAGGGAGUCAGACUGGCCAUGCCGGCCACUUGGGCUGUUCUGGUUCUCUUCACGGUUACUUCAGUGCACGCAGUGGAAGAGACGGUGAUGGAUACAAGGACGGCGACAGCUGAGCUUGGCUGGAUAUCGUUCCCUGCCAAUGGAUGGGAGGAGGUGAGCGGUUAUGAUGAGAACCUGAACACCAUCAGGACGUACCAGGUGUGUAACGUGUUUGAGCCCAGCCAGAACAACUGGCUCCUCACCACUUACAUCGACCGGCGCGCGGCGCAACGCAUCUACGUGGAGAUCCGCUUCACUGUGCGCGAUUGCGCCUCCAUACCGAGUGUCCUGGGCUCCUGCAAAGAGACGUUCAACCUCUACUACCUAGAGACCGACAGGACCGUUUCAGACGGCAUCAAAGGGGUGGAGUACUGGGCCAACGCUCCCUUCCUAAAGGUGGACACCAUUGCAGCAGAUGAGAGUUUCUCCCAGGUCGAUUUCGGGGGCAGGCUGAUGAAAGUGAACACAGAAGUGAGGAGUUUUGGGCCUCUGUCCAAAGGCAGAGGUUUCCAUUUGGCUUUCCAGGACUUAGGUGCUUGCAUGUCGCUUCUGGCCGUCAGGGUAUUUUACAAGAAAUGCCCCAGCAUCGUGCAGAACUUUGCUUUCUUCCCAGAGACGCUGACCGGAGCAGAGUCCACCUCAUUAGUCAUCGCCAGAGGAAGCUGCAUCCCCAACGCUGAGGAAGUAGACGUGCCCAUAAAGCUCUACUGUAACGGAGACGGAGAGUGGAUGGUACCCAUAGGCAGCUGCAGCUGCAAGGCGGGUUAUGAACCUGACAAUGGCAAUGUGUGCCGAGCUUGUCCUCAGGGCACCUUUAAGUCAUUCCAGGGGCCAGGACUGUGUCAGCAAUGUCCACCCAAUAGUCGCUCCACUAUCGAAGCUGCCACCCUCUGUGGUUGUCGGAAUGGCUAUUACCGAGGAGACAUGGACAAACCGGAGGACCUGUGUACCAGUGUCCCUUCAGCUCCUCGCAAUGUGGUCUCAGUGGUCAACCAGACAUCAGUGAUGUUGGAGUGGCACCCACCACGUGACACUGGACACCGCGACGACUUGUCGUAUAAUUUGUUGUGUCGCCGAUGCCACAGCAAUGAGCGGCGGGCUUGUCAGCCAUGUGAUGACAGCGUGGUGUUUGUUCCAGGCAAACAGGCGUUAAAGGAAACAAGGGUUGAGAUCAGCAAGCUGCGGGCCCACACGUCGUACACCUUUGACAUACAGGCAGUCAACGGAGUCUCCAACAAGAGCCCUUACCCCGCCCAACAACUGUCAAUCAACAUUACAACCAAUCAAGCUGCUCCCUCAGUAGUUCCCAUAAUGCACCAAGUGAGCUCAACAAGUCGCAGUUUCUCGUUGUCAUGGCCACCGCCCGAACAGCCCAAUGGAAUAAUCCUCGACUACGAGAUACGAUACUAUGACAAGUUGCAGUCAUCCGUGCUGAACAGUUCGAUGGUCCUAAGCGAAACACCUAAUGUGGUUCUGGAGGGUCUGAGACCCGGGACCGGCUAUGUGGUCCAGGUGAGGGCCCGCACUGUAGCGGGCUACGGAGCCUACAGCAAAGAGAUGCUCUUCCAAACCCUCACCGACGAUGAAUAUAAGUCAGAGCUCGGACAGCAGCUCUCUCUGAUUGCUGGCUCCUUAGUAGGUGGAGUGUGUAUUGUAUCACUAGUAGCUAUCGCCAUCAUCUGUACCAGGAGAAGGCAGCUGAAGGAGAGCGUAUAUGGUGACAAGUUGCAGCAGUACAACACAGGAGGAGAGGUGACUCUGAGGCCAGACAUGUUCAGUGGACCCACACCCACUGUGACCUUUCCCAGCCUGUCUGAGGGUCACAGUUCACCGGGGGUCAAGAUCUACAUUGACCCUUUCACCUACGAGGACCCCAAUGAGGCUGUCCGAGAGUUUGCCAAGGAAAUCGAUCCCUCCUGUGUCAAAAUAGAGGAAGUCAUCGGAUCAGGCGAGUUCGGUGAGGUAUACAAAGGUCGCCUGAAACCUGUGGGGAAAAAAGAAAUCCCUGUGGCCAUCAAGACCCUGAAGGUGGGCUACUCUGAGAGGCAGAGGAGGGACUUCCUGUCAGAGGCCUCAAUCAUGGGCCAGUUUGACCAACCGAAUAUCAUCAGACUGGAGGGCGUGGUCACCAAGAGCAGGCCUACGAUGAUAAUCACAGAGUUCAUGGAGAAUGGAGCACUGGACUCAUUUCUCAGGCAAAAUGAUGGGCAGUUCCCAGUGAUCCAGCUGGUUGGUAUGCUGAGGGGCAUCGCAUCUGGAAUGAGGUACCUGGCGGAGAUGAGUUAUGUUCACCGGGACCUGGCAGCUCGAAAUAUCUUGGUUAACAGUAACCUCGUGUGUAAGGUGUCUGACUUCGGCUUAUCACGUUAUCUGGAGGAGGACACCUCCGACCCCACCUACACCAGCUCGCUGGGAGGUAAAAUCCCCGUGAGGUGGACGGCACCAGAGGCGAUCGCCUACAGGAAAUUCACGUCAGCUUCAGAUGUCUGGAGUUACGGGAUCGUCACCUGGGAGGUGAUGUCAUAUGGAGAGAGACCUUACUGGGACAUGAGCAACCAAGAUGUGAUAAAUGCCAUAGAGCAGGACUUCAGGCUUCCAGCUCCCAUGGACUGUCCGGUAGUGCUGCACCAACUGAUGCUGGACUGCUGGCAGAAAGACAGAAACGCCCGGCCAAAGUUCCCCGAUAUUGUCAGCAUGUUGGACAAAAUGAUACGCAACCCUGCAUCUCUCAAAGCCGGCACCAACAACAUGGUCCCUGGUCCUUCCCAUCAUCCCUUGUUAGACCGUGGAGCUCCAGACCUAAGCAGGGUGAGCUCAGUAGAAGACUGGCUGGCUGCAUUGAAGAUGACCCAGUAUAGAGACUCCUUUCUGGGCUCGGGCUUCACCUCUUUGCCGCUCAUCACACAAAUCACAGCUGAAGAUCUGCAGAGGAUCGGAGUGUCUCUAGCCGGACACCAGAAGAAGAUCCUGACCAGCGUGCAGCUGAUGAGGCACCAAGCCGAUGAUCAGUCUCCCACCGAAUCCGUGUAGCCACACGGGGGAAAUACUUGACCUGAGUGCAGUCUGUGAGCGAGCAGGCUGUCCUGUACUUCCGUUUUUAAGCUCAUACAAUUAAGUUUGCUGCUUUUGGAGAUCUCAAUCACUUCACGCGCUUUCAAACAAUCAUCGUUAGCCAUUUGUGUGUCUGCAUGGACAGAUCCGUCCUCCAGUGACAGGACGGACUUCUCUCACGCCAUUUAGCUUCCAAAAUGAAAAUGGCUCCUGGGAGAAUUCAGUGUGGAUGCAUUAUUCUCACAAAGAGUAAAAACAAAAAUAAGUGGGAAAAAAAGCAAAACUUACUGAGCACGAGGCUCUAAAAUCAUUACCCCCUUUUUCCACAUGCCAGCGUAACUGUGAAUGCUAUCACUGAAGUCUACAGACCAUUUAAACCAUCUUGACUUGAAGGAAGUUUUUUUUUUUUUUACAUGAGGACACAAAACACUCUACUUUGAAGAAGAAAGUGGCUGAGCAGACGUUUAUACGAAGGGGCACAAACCGGACCAAAAGACAGACAAAAAAGGUUUUAAAAGACGAGACGCACGAGCAGGCUUGUUAAAUCCAGAGACUACUUCAGCGUGUUCUUGAAAAAUUGCUACCAUCUGAAUCCUGACAAGAGCCAACCGUUUAAAGGGGACCUUUUUUAAUAAAAAAAGCUAUCUUCAUAUUGAAGAGUUUGUACAUAUUUGUGAUACGGGAUAUUUCUUUCCUAUUUGCUCAUUAGCGUUUGCGUUCGCUAACAGCAACAGACAGUUCAGUGUCGCUGGAGUAUUUGUGACUUCUCAACGAUUCUCUUCCCCGCCUGAAUCAUCACUGGAGCAAACUCUGAAGUGCUGUGGACUGCAGACAAAAAAAGAAAGAAAAUAGGUUUCAGUGUUCUGGUUUUUUUCUUCUCCUUCUUUUUUUUGUACUUUCCAUGCAGCCAUGAAAAGAUAAACUCUUUCAGUGCUACCAGGGCCUGGCCUACUUAAAGUACUUAAUUCACAGAGAACUCAUAAUGGAUGAUGUUUUACAAUCAGCACAAAUGCCCACUGAGUAAAGCCAAUUACAGAUUAAAAAAAGGGCAAGUUAAAGAAAUAUUCAAACCAUAGUGGUAUGUCUCUCUUUUCCGAGCCAGGAAUCAAAGCGCAUGCACGCUUGGUGGCGCACAAGAAUAAAGCAGCUUAAGACUGUGGGUACUGUGUCAUUACCAGCUAUCGAGAUUGCACCUGUUGUGAAAGCGCGGCGGUGUCCAGAGAAUCUUUAAAAGACACCAAAGGUAUCCAGUGUUCUUGUGAUUUGGCUGCAAAACCUAAAGCCGCCUGCCAGCCAAGCACAAAACCAACCAGAAAUCCAACGCUCAUGUUCUGUCCACGCGUGGAAACAGAUCUUCCCGUCUAAACUUUGUCAUGGCCGCCGUCCAGGUGGCAUUCAUCGCUCAGCAGCAGGCAGCCAUGCAGGACUCUUUGUUUUCAUUCAUUUUUCUCAUUCGCCGGCUGCCGGACACGUUGCCGUCAGAGCCCGUUUUGACAGUCUCAUUUCCCAAUUGACAUCUCCGAUUAAUACCGCCGCGUCAGUUUGCAGAUGAAAUGACAGGAAAUGACCUAUCCGUGUUCCUCAUCUGCAGACGGCAACCUUUUCAGUGUCAGAGAAGAGAUAAAGAGAUCAAACAAGAAGAGAUAAAGUGAAAUACCACAUGCUUUCAGUGAAGAGGCAAAGCUGGUGACUUAUUUAUCUUUUUUUUCUAAAUACUGAAGCUCGUCCUAACAAAAUAUGAUAUAAAGAAGGCCUGAUCUCACUACAGGGCACACUGGUGGAGAAGCACUGGGAGAUCUCUUUUAUCUCAGCGCUGAGCGGAUUACCAGCUGUGAAACAACAGCAGGCUCGCUCUGCCUCCAACCACCACCCCCCCGCUGAAAAAAAAAAACCUCCGGUCACACGCGUGCGCGGAUUACCCAUCAGCACCUCUGAUUGGAUGUUAUGAUUUUAUUUGUCAUCCGCUGCGAGCUCGGGCUCAUGAUGACAGAAGUGACAGUUGUUUGCUUUUAACACGCUUUCACUGCUGCAUGGCUCCUACAAAAAAAAAAAAUUGCUGUGUUUGUGUUUGUCUCGCACCACCGCUCGCCACUGCUGGGAUGCCCCAAAGUCUUUUUAUUUAUGAACACUGUGACAUUGAAGGGGUCUGUGGCUUUUCUUUUCUUUUUUUUAAACCAAGAAGGAAGAACAAAACCUCCAAACAUUUCAGUUUGCGCUUGUUUCGCUGAAACUCCACUCCAACGGCGCAGCCCGCAAUUGCAUUUGUUGCCUGGCAACAGCAGCUUAUUGAGCAUUUUAUCAGGAAGUAUUGAGAUCAACUGGGAGCGUGUCAGUAGUUCAGAGGCAUAAUUCGUUGUGAAUAGAUGCCUGUGGAAAAAAAAAAGAAAACAGUUUCAGCCCUGGCUCCGGGGUUUAAUAAAGAGCGAGACAACUAGUGCGCCCUAAAAGCUCAUAUUGAAUGCCACCUAAGAAAAGAAAAGACGAAAAAGAAACAAAAUUCAUGCAGAGGAAAUGAAAACUAUCAACACAGACAGGCAUCUUGCUGCGUUAUGUAACAUCUGUAGUCGAGUGUGAUGUGUCUGCUCUUCCGAUUCAUGUUUUUCCAUUUCACAUGUUGCUGUGUCAGUGUUUGUGAAAAAACAAAACAAAAAAACCCAAUGAAGGCAUAAGUGAUCUAUGACACGUCUUGUGUUUAUACUGUUGCGUGUCUUGGUUCAAGCACAAGUGUUCGCCACCGAGGGGAGACCUGGAGAAACCUCAGGAGGAUGAUUUAUGGGUGUUAAGUGUUAAAGAUGGAGUUUGUGAAAGCAGGUUUCUGAGUUAAAAGCUAAAUCCACCCUGAAUCUGUUGCCUAAAAACAAAUAAUAAUAAAAAAGAAAGGAGAGCAUAUGCAUGUAAACAAGUCAGGAGCCAGAUAUGUAGCUAUGCUGUCUGUAUAUGUAUACGCUGAAUUCUAGCUUGAGGCUAAACUGUGUUAACUUUUAGAUUUUUCUCAUUUUCUCUCCUGCAGAAAAGUUUUUAUUUCGAAAGAAACAGUCCAUCAUUGACAUUUUUUGUUAUUUUUACACACACACACACACACACACACACACACACACAAAAGUGAUCUGAGCUAAACUAAACAAAGACAAUGAAAUGUGAUGGUAAAAUAAAAUGAUGAAAAAAAAAUAUCUCCCACUCACUGUCAACUUUUUAAAAGUUGGAAGAUGAAAAGUUUGCCUAAGACACUCGCUGUGUCCCAGUUCCACAUUACAAACUAAUUCUAGUCUGAAGAGUGUGCGCCUGCUGGAAAAGCAACAAGAGAGAGUAUAGUCAAAAAAGAAAAAUCGGCAUGCAUGCACAAAGAAGGGAAGAAGCAUAGUGACAGCUUGCUAAAAAUGAAAACUAAUCGCGGAUGGUGGCUCUGAAAGCAUGGCAGAAAAUAAGUGUAAAACAGGACGAGGGAGAUAUUUUAUACGUGUUCAUGUGAAGUUUAAUUAGCGCUGACAUUUGAAAGACCUAGUCUGGUUGGCGUACGUCGCUCCGCGGAUGGGAUCAUUUCUCGUCAGUGUGAACCAGUUAAAGGUGCCCUAUCCGGGGACACUGCUGGCAAAAACUAAAUGAACUCAUCUUGUGCUCCGAGUUUGAUUCGUACCGGGACCAACCGCGCUACACUGCCAAGUCAUACGCUUGCACAUUGGGUCACACACUUCUCCCACUCAGCUUUUUAUGUGCUGAGAAUCUAGCCAGUGUUAAAAAUGGAAGAAUAACCUUAAACAGGGUUUUGAACUCUGUUGAGUCCUGUGUGAUGGCUUGUUUGAAGCAGAGCAGAUGGUGACUUGUUUUCCCCUCUAUGCAUGCCAUAGCUGUAUGUGUGACUCUGCUGGUCAUUACUACAAACCACAGACUGUGUAUACAACAUAGAGGUAGGCACUGGGUAUAAAAAGUGGAGGCAGUGCCAAAGUACCUUAAACUGUCUUAUUUAAUAUAAUGCAAUGUUCAUUUACUAAAUUAUGGUCCCAUUUAGAGCUAAAUAGAACAUCAAGCUUUUUUGUGUGGCUACAUUGUCGCUGCUGUGGACUGCUCAAAAAAACUGAAGGGCUACUUUUUAAUCAGGGUGUAGCAUCAAGUCCAGUAAACGUCUGGGCUAUUGAUCUGGCCAGUUAAGUAGUAGAGGGGGUUCUUAAUCAGUUUCAGCUACUUUGGUGUUGAUGAGACUAACAGGUGGACUAGAGGGGCAACAGUGAGACAACCCCCAAAACAGGAAUAGUUUUACAGGUGGACUGAUAUUUUGUCCCUCCUUAUCUUUUCAGAUUGUUUUUUACUAGUUUUGCAUUUGGCUAGGGUCAGUGUCACUACUGCUGGCAUGAUAACCUGACCUAAAUCCAACAGACAUAAUUUUUCAGUUCAUCUACAAGGUUGCACUUCAGACUGUCCAGGAUCAGCUACACCCUGGUUCAGGUCUGGGAGAAGGUCCCUUUAGUACACCAUCCGUCCAGGCCAAACAAACGACCGAGUACCAUUUUGAGUCGGCAAAAUGACAGUUUUGCAAAGUGGACUAGCUUUCCACAUCAUAAUUUCAUGUCAGUUGUAUCUUUCAAUUCAGCCCUCUGCAGGUUGAUCAUUUUCAUUUCCAUGAAAUGAUGUGGCAUCCUUUCAUUUCUAACACAUUACCCAGUCCAUAUCAGUUUAGAUAUACAGCAUGAUAUUUCUCCUAUUGAUAUCUGCUGUGUUUUAAAGUGUUCCUUUAAUUUUUUGAGCAGUGUAUAAGUGAUGUACGCAACAUUCACCCAUUAUUUUCCCCAUUUUUUUACAAACGCAGUCCAGUUUUCAAAGUUUAAAGACGACGCCGUCGUCCAUCUUUUACUGUGUAUAACAGACCUGUUGGCUGCUGCUGAUGCCAGCUCUCAAACAUCCUUACUGCCUGAGAUGCUUCCUAUGUGCAGAAGAUUGCCGAAGACACCAAUUGGGAACUUUAAGACUGCUGUAAGACUUGUAUCAGAGUCAGACAGCAAACUCAGUGCUUGUUAUCCUGUCAUCUUGUGAAUAGUUUUCCUUCUGCAUGCAGAGUUUGCUGAUGCUGGCUGCUGCAGUCAUGCUGCAGCCUCGUAUUCGGACUACUUGUCAAUGCCUAAUAAUUUAUUAGCACAGUAGUGUAAUAAGUGUUCAUCAUAUCAGUUGGCUCGAGUACACAGAGGCAAUGUUAACACUCCCAAGCACUACUCCCUGCCUUCGCUCUUGCACAGCAGCGCUUCUUUUCAUGCUACUGGCACCUGAGAUGAUGGUAAACCAUUGUGCAUGCGCAUGUGCGUUUGUGUUUCUGUGCGCAGAGAGACAGGAAAUCUCUCGUGAAAAUACAGACCCACACUGUCUUUUUGAUUCUUUUCUUCAUCUUCUGUUUUUUUGCAUACCAAGUUCGAAAACACAGACCUGGAACUGCUUUUGUUUUAACGCGAUAUGGCACUUGUCAUUUAUACAUUUUGCACGAGGCUUUUGUGUCGUGUUGACAUUUGCACGCCUGCACAUAAAGCAGCACCUGAUUGUUUUGGGAGCACGUGAACGUAUCCGUGACCACAGCCCGUCUCAUUUGCGAAAACUCCACGUCUGAUGCAGCUGCAAUGCAUUCUGCUCUGCGCGCUGUAAGUGAAGAGGAUGAUGAUCGUUUCUGAAGGGUGGCACACAUGACAAAAGCCCUCAUUCUGUUAUUCUGCAGAACUGUCAUUGAAACCCGACAUUUACCGCAAGAUCUUUAAGAUAAAAUUGCCUUUCAGACUCCACUGUAGCCGUCACACUAUAUUUAGCCACUUACGCACAAAAAUGAGAAAAGUAGACACCUAAACAACAAAGUAGGCCCAGAAAUGCGGGGCGAGUCUCCUCUAAGUGCUUUAGGGUGGAUUUAUCUUUUAAUUGCAGAUUUUCUUUUUUCUUUUGAAAGCUGGUCAGACUGGGCUGCUUUUCUUUCUCCUCUGCUUUUUCUCUGGUGUAAUAGAUACUGUAGGUGAGGCAGCAGAUGAGAGUGUGAGAGUUAUGAAGAGAGGGGAGGAAAAGGUAAAAGGGAAUAGGUAAUAGAAGGGGAAAGAAGGGAAGGGGAAGGAUUAGCAGAAGAGAGAAGCGGGGUGGGGAAGAGGGGUGGAGGAGCAAAGGCAAAGCUCGACUUGUGUUUGAAUAAAAAUGAGGCUGGGUGUGGAGAGAUUACUCGUUCUCUUUUUGUCUCUCUCUCCCUCUCUCUCUGCUCUACCCAGCUGUCCUCCUUCUUCUCCUAAUGCCCACAGCCUCUCUGAACAGCUCACUCUGCUUCCAGUCCGCAUUUCCACCGUCUCUUUUUCACUCAGAGUUUGAAGGCAAGCGAUCGUUCUGCGUUAGAAGCACUCCUCUCUCAAGCAGUUUUGAACUUGCAUCUCUUAAGGAUAUAUUGGCGCGUAUUCUUUACAUAAAAGACCCCCGCACUGUUUUGUUGUGGGCUUUCAGCAAACUGUUUAUGCCGGAGCUGUGGAAGUAAUGGGCUUUUCCUCUUCUCCACCUGCUUUGCUCCUCGCGCCCAGUCGUUCACAGCGAUUCAUCAGGCUGACCUCGCUGUGGCUGUGCACACUGCAAGGGCAGAAAAGGGUUUUCUCGGAUGCUCAGCAGAAAUUAAUAGGCCCAAACAGAUAAAGUCUGCUGACUUUGGUGGUCCCCUGAUUUUCCCUCUUGCCUCCCUGUGACAUAUUCAAAACUGUGUGUUAUCAGAAACCGCUAUUUACGUGAUUUUCCUCGAAGAAUUGGGCCGAUCACAAUGAAAUUUGGUUCACAUUCCCCUCGGGAGGAGCUGUGAUUUGUGUAGUGAUAUUGCUACAUUUAAAGCGUCAUCAUUAGAUGAAUUUGUCCGGUACUUUGGUUCAUAACCAAAUAAGUGAGAAACUGCUGUAAUUCUCACCAGCCUCAGCUGUAUUUCGUUGCUGCAUGCUAGCUAAACUAAACCGUGAACAUCAUGAGCAAGUUAGCCUCAUAAUUUGGGGUCGUUAUUAAAUCACUAAUGUUAGCGCUUAGCUGAAAACACAUUUGAGUUUGCUUUCACUCGGAAAAAUACAUUCCCUUACAACUUCAAGUUCUUUUCAGUUGCAUUUCAAGCUCUCCAGCAAGAGCCGUUCUUAUUUCAAUGAUUAAUGAAGUCUGCAAUCCACAAGACUUUCAUCCAGGAGUCAAGGGUUCGACUCCCAUGUGUGACCCUUUCUUUUUGUGACUUUUAAGUUGUCUGGCUUAGGCACCAAAAGGAUGCCACAUCAUUUGAGAAGAAAUGACGGGAAUGAAGCUACAACAAAAGGCACAAGUAUUUCAAUUACAAAAUAUUUGUGUAACUUCACAAAUCUGGGAGAAAAUAAUGAAAAAGCUGUACGGGGAAUGUCUCUUUAAAGUCUUUUGCAAAAAAACAAAGAAAAAAAGGAAAAAAAUAAAUAAAUACGAAGAAUUCUGAUGAGCAUAUUUCCCCAAACUGUGACAAUAUAUGUCUUCUGCCCGAAUGUAUAAAUAUUUGCGUUGCAACCUAAGCUUUUUGAGCUUUGUAAUCUCAUUUUACACAAAGUGUUUCUUUAAACCGCAGACUGGCUGUGCACACUCCCUCUGCAGAAAUUUCCACUUUGUUGUUUUUCUCAUGGUAAUUUAUUUUCCUUCGAACUGCUUGCCAUACCUUUUAGUAUGUAUGUAAUGUACUAUUUCUCUUGAAAAAAGAAAAAGCAGCUCAAUAAUCAGCUGCGUCUGCCUUUCUCUGUUUACCAACAAUAACGUUCUAGGUGUUACUGCUCAUAUAGUCAGAGCAUCCCACUGUCAUGUAUUAUAAUA